AUGCUCCGGCUACAUGUGGACUGGAACUUGUUGCAAGUGGGCUUUUGCACUUCAUGGCUGUGCCUAAGUGCCCUAUUUUGCUUCACCUCAUGGAUCGAAUUCUCGUUUUUGGGGAUGCUUGGAGGGCUGGCGAGUUUCAUGCUUGGUUCGGGAUGCCUGGCCUAUGCAUGGUCCAAACCUCAUUCAUUGUCUACGCCUGUCUUCAGCUCCAUGCCGAUAGGCGUGCCUGUGGAGACGACGGCCGGCAGUUGUGACAGGGUUUGGGCACCAUGUACUUUCUCAGCAUUGAAGAGAACAAGUCCAAAGUUUCUCGUCUUCACCUGCCGCCACAAAGCUCCCGCAGAGCUUUCGGCAUGCCCCGUCGCCUCUCAGAACUCGAUCCGAGCAGCUUGGGUACAGCCAGACGACACAUGUUGUUGCUGUUUGGCUGCCUUCGAAGAAGAAAGUACAGUUGCCGUUCUUCCAUGCGGACAUGUCUUUCACGAGGACUGUAUCGUGGCAUGGUCUCUGACGCCUUCACGUAGCUCUGGCUCUUGCCCAGUAUGUCGCAGUCCCUUUGGGCCAAGGCCGGAGAAUUCUUUCGACGGCGUGGUGGUGCCCAGUGCGCCUUAA